CUCAUUGAAACUUUCCUGAGUUCCGUGUUAUUGUUCAUUUAAGUCUCGCAGCUUUUCCUCCAGCUUCUUGAACACUCUGUGGCACCAUGUCGGACCGAGGAGCCUUCGACACUAACGUGGUGACCGUGACCCGGUUCGUUAUGGAGGAGGGCAGGAAGGCGAAGGGCACCGGGGAGCUGACCACUCUGCUCAACUCGCUGUGCACGGCCGUCAAAGCUAUCGCCAGCGCUGUGCGCAAAGCUGGGAUCGCCAACCUUUAUGGCAUCGCUGGCAGCACCAACGUGACCGGUGACCAGGUGAAGAAACUGGACGUUCUGUCCAAUGAUCUGGUGAUCAACAUGCUCCAGUCGUCCUUCACCUCCUGUGUGCUGGUCUCUGAGGAGAACGAGAAAGCGAUCAUCAUCGAGCCGGACAGAAGGGGUAAAUACAUCGUGUGCUUUGAUCCUUUGGAUGGAUCCUCCAACAUUGACUGUCUUGUGUCCAUCGGUACCAUUUUUGCCAUCUAUAGAAAGACCACAGAUAAUGAGCCAUGUGAGGAGGACGCCCUGCAGCCCGGCAGGAACCUGGUGGCGGCAGGCUAUGCCCUGUACGGCAGCGCCACCAUCAUGGUGCUCUCCACCGGCCAGGGAGUCAACUGCUUCAUGCUCGACCCGGCUAUUGGAGAAUUUAUCCUGGUUGAUCGUGAUGUGAAGAUAAAAAAGCGGGGCAAAAUCUACAGCCUGAAUGAAGGCUACGCAAACUACUUUGACCCUGCUGUUACAGAGUAUAUCCAGAAAAAGAAGUUCCCUGAGGAUGGCAGUGAGCCCUACGGCGCCCGCUACAUUGGUUCCAUGGUGGCAGAUGUCCAUCGAACGUUGGUAUAUGGAGGCAUCUUUUUGUACCCAGGAAAUCUGAAAAGCCCCAAAGGAAAGCUACGGCUGCUGUAUGAAUGUAACCCCAUGGCCUUCAUCAUGGAGCAGGCGGGCGGCAUGGCCACCACCGGCUAUGAGACCAUCCUCGACAUUCAGCCCAAAAGCAUCCACCAGCGCGCCCCAGUGGCCAUGGGCUCCCCCGAUGAUGUACAGGAAUACAUUUCCAUCUGCCAGAAGCACGGAAAGAAGUGAGACCUUACAGAAGCACAUAGUCAACACUUCUUGCAAAAUCUUGCAGCUCCAGAUUGUGUGUUUGUGUUUCAGGGGGGAAAAUUAUUCUUUCUUCUGAGCUUGUUGUCACUGUGUUUUUUUUGUUGUUUGGGUUUGUGUGGAAGCCUGUUCCCAUCAGAGAGAAGAAAAAAAAAAUGGUUGACAGCUGAUACAACAUAAGGUUUGUGGUCAUAUCUGGCCCUGGCUUGUGGUGGGGAUUAAUCAUCAUGCAGCUCUGACAUUGUGAUUCCACUGUUGCACUCUUGAUGUUUGGACCUCACAACAGUUCCCAUCAAUGUCUAAAAUGUGCAGAUAGCAGGCUCAGUUGUGUACAUUAUUUACUUCUGAGCAGGUCCUCUCUGUACAUCAUAUUAAAUAUCUCUACAUUAACUAACAACCAAACAGUAUUUUUAUAUAAACAUUUGUCCAACACCCACUUAAAUCUUUCAAAAAAAAAAAGUUGACAAAUAGGAUAAAUAAAAGGGAAGUGACCUCUGUGUGUUUGUGUAUCCGGAGCAUCAACUGAAAUUCAGACUUUCAGCCUUUGGCUUACGUAUGUAUUUUCUCAUGAGGAUUCAAGUCAGGAAAACAGCAAGGUGAUUGGACCAAUAUGCACUUCCACAAUAAGAGCUUGUAUUUCAAAAUAAAAGCCUGUGAGGUUGCAGCAGACCUGACAGAAUUCAUCAACCUGUCCAUCCUCACAUCCCAGACAGCAGAUUAAAAUCAGGAUGUUUUCUUUAUGCAUGUGACCCCAAACCCAGAAUUAACAUGUUCACACUCUGGACAAAACAGCAGAAAUGUGUCUCAACUGUGUCACACACAGUUGGAAAUCAUUUAAGCAAACACAAGCUUUGGAGUUGCACAGUCUUCUUGCUGUGCUAGCAGUAUUCACAUUCCAUGCACAGAAACCAAAUGGAAGGUAUGAAGGUGGUUUACAGUUUAGAGGAAAUAAGACGUCUGUGUCUAAUAAAUUGAACUGCACACAUUUUGUUCAAAAUAGUUAAAGACCAAAGAUGAGCCAAAGGCAAAUGCACUUGAUUACACAAAGCUAUGUUAUAGCACUUCACGUUUCCUUUAUCAGUACCUGGAUUACUGAACUUACCAGGACCAAAUGAAAUAUCUAUGCAAUGAUUCUUUGUGCCUUAUGAAUGCAAAUUGUUUGGAAUUAUGAAGCCUCGUAAUAAAGCCAAAUGAUUCUUGAGAAAA